UGCCUGGCGAUGACGAACCACACGAGGUGUUUCCCGCUGCAAUGAAGCUGGCCAUGAGGUUCCACAUGCGUAAACUGUGCGAAAACCCUCACUGUGUUGAUUCCCUGGUCCUGUACAUGAACAGUCCGACUAAAAAUGAUGGGACAAGCUUACUGUGGGACAUAGACCAGGAUGGGAAGUCGGAAGAAAGUGAACGAUACCGUAUUGAAGAGCUACUAUCUGACCUGCGCAGUUGUGCAGCACGGCAAGUGCACGUGAUCGUGGACCAGAGCUACGCUGGGGAGUUAGCACGUGCUUUUCGGCGGUCACGUGAGCAUAGAAACGUGGUUGUAUACGCUAGUGGAAAAGAUGGAGAAUAUUCCUACGGGAACGAGUACACACAACACUGGGUGGACUACCCCCACACACACCGAUGUACACAUCACGUCCACGAGGAAGCAAGAAUACACGUUUUACACUCCACGCCGGAAAUAGCCGAACCUGACGGAACAAGCCGAACAACAAUCUUCGGAGCACCCUGUGAUGUUAUCCCGCCUUUUACGGAAAAAGAAUUACGGCGAAAUUACUGGGGAUGUCAAAAUCUUCCGACAGCUAUAUGGUUUAGACAAGUAUCAUCAAGGAGCUCUGACAUUGGUCUUAUCUUAGACGUUCCCCGAUAUAAGUCAGACAGUUCAAUGCCCUACACGUAGUUCAAACUGUACAGCGCCGUCUAUCUCUAAUAUUGUAUAGUAUUGUGUAUAGUACUGGGGAAUUGUAUAUUUGUAAUUUUAUUUUAUUCAAUUUAUUGUAUAAAAGCAAUCUGUACAAAGUCUAGUCCACGGUAAAAUAUUGCCGACAUAUUUGUAAAUACGUGUAACAUGCAAGCCAUGACAGUUAUGAGUGUCCCAAGAAUGCACACCCGCGACAUCUACUGUCCGAGAGGAAAUAACGGUAGUGACACCUAUAGAUGAGAAACAUCCCCUGACAUUAUCAACCUCUGUGAGCAAAAUUGAAGCGCGACUCCUGUAAAACUGGUAAAAGACGAAAAAAAAAAAAUGUUAUAUGGAGAUUUAUACAGUGAAGGUCUGAAGGACGAUGUGAAUGCGAACAUUCUCAAUGAAUGAGGCAAAUGAUUCAGAUUGUUAAAACACGUCAUGAAUGAUUAUGAACGACAUGAUAGUUUUCUCAUAUUGGAAAUAUGGAGAGCUUUUUUCUAACAGAGGAAUGAGCAGAGGGGCUAAAACACCGACCUCUAACUUAAAGUGAACCUUCAUAAUUAUAGAAUUACAAAAAAUUCUAUAAAGGAACAUAGCAUGUGUCGAAAACUGAACUAUGGACGCCGUAUUAUUAUAGGGUCAGUUUUGUAUAGAAACGUACGGCUUUUAGAUGUGCUGUCAUACGACCUCACCGUUUAACGCUAGAUGGAGUGACUGCCACUUCAAAACAAUAGGUGGCGUUGCUAUAUUUACCUACUCUGGUUGCCAAUGAUGAUUAUGUCGUUCAUGUUGUAAAUAUACGAAUGGAAACAAACGUCUUUACAUUGUUGUGGUGUUUUAAAUUUAUUUUUCAUACUCAA